CGUGUCUUUUCUUCGAUCGUUUGGAAUUUUUCAAAAAUAAAUAUUACGCUUAAAUGGGGAGUUCAAAGACUAUAACAGAUCUUACACAUUAUGAAUUAUUCCACAUACUGGACCUAAUGAUGCAGAACUGUGAAAUGGCGAAUAGCAAGGAAACUGUGGCCCCCAUCAAGUAUGCUGAUAUCUUUAAUUUUGCUGCCACCUGCAAGAGAUUUCGACGUGUGGUUUGGGACUGGUCGAGACUAAUGUACGACCGCUUAGAGAUCAAUCUUCUGCAUGUAAACGGCCACAAAAAGAUAACAGUCAAGUUUAUUGAAAUUCUAAAAGCCUUAAAGAGAGCCACUGACAAAAAUAAAGACCAUUACAUGGACAUAUAUAUAAAGGCACUGAUGGAGAAUCCCAUGCUUAAGACCGUUGAGCUGAGCUAUGACACCAAGGAGUACAAUGCGGAAUUUAAUAGAAUAUUCGAUGAAAUUAUGAUGGGACUGCAGGGCAGGGGUAGCCGCGUUAUGCUGGAUCCAGAUAAGAAGCCCAAAUUCAAGGAGGUCAUUAUGGAUAUAUCAGGCAAAUUCCUACGAUAUAAUCAUUUUAUAAACGGCCUUCAGUUCUUUCGGAAUAUUUCUAAGCUGAGGCUAAAGGGAAAUUUCAAUAUGUUUGACCUGGAAGAGUUCUGCUCUAACAAUCCCACACUAACCUCCUUGGAAGUGAAUGUUAAUCGGUUCACCGACCACGGCAAGCUAACCCAAAUCGUUCGUCAUUGCCCCAACUUGAAGCAGCUGAAGUUCAUGCAAUCGGAUAUAUUACAUAAUGAAUUUGCCAGAGAUAAUAUCUAUGUCGGACUGGCACUUUUGGAUAAGCUACAGCAAUUGGAGAUUGUCAAGCCAGAGAAAGAACUUUUCCUUUUCCAUGAUACACCACAGCCAAUGGAAAUGGAUGUGGACUAUCAACCGAAAAGAUCCAAAAUGGACUCAGAAUACGAGUCGGUUGUUGGAGGAGACUCAAGUUCUGAGAAAAAUACGCCCAUCCUUCAGCUUCUCAGGGCUCUUGGUGAAAAACCAAAAUCAAAACUCAUGCGAUUGUGCCUUAAGUUUGAUAUUGAUGAUGAAAUGGCAGAGGUUAUUACGAAAAUCAAAGGUCUUAGGACAUUGGAGUGCGGAUUUUGCGAUCCCAAGAGCAUUAGACACCUCUUGGACAACCAAACACUGAAUCGAUUGACCAUUCGUAAUAACGGUCACCUAGUAACCGAUGCCAUUGCAGAAUUACUAAGAAAACACGUCAAAGUUUCCAGUUUUGAUUCCGAAAUGCUCUUCACUGCCAAGGGAACCCUGGAUAUUUCCACUAGGGAUCCCGAAAUGUAUCGUUCGGUUAGCUUUGAACCUUUUUUGAAAUUCGAAGGCCUUAAAAGUCUGGGUCUGUCCAAUGAAAUGAUCGUGUCAAUGGAAACGACAUUACAUCUGUUCUUGGAGCUGGGUGUGAAGAUCAAAAGUAAUGCUUGCACCAUGGACCUGGAUCGGGAAACGCGUAACUUGCAAAUUUUGUAUAGCCAUGACUAUGCAUAUGAUGAACUGCCACUACCUUUGGUGAAAAAUCUGAAAUCGUUUACGUUUCUAUGUAUAAACAUGCCGACUCCCCAGCUCUUUUACUAUCUCGUUGCUCUGAACUUGAACACCCUGAAUGAGAUUUAUAUCAGCACACCAUAUACGUUAUUUGAAGUUGAUGAUGACAAAUACCUCAAUAAAUCCGCUGCCGAAGCUUUGGCCAGCCUGAAGUUUUUGAGGAAAAUCUCAUGCGGAUUUCAGAAAUUGAUAUAUAUUAAGCCUCUGGCUAAGCUAGAAUACUUGGAAGAUAUUGAGAUAUUUUCCCAGCACCGUCCCAGUUAUGUUUCCUAUCCGAAAUGCCUGGGACCAUUGCUAAAGAGCUGUCGUAAGCUGAGUUCGUUGGCAGUGAAUGUUCCUGUCAAUGAAAUUACCAAGAAAUAUUUAGAUGGAAUUCAAACUAUGGUUUUGAUGAACAGAGAUGCAGAUAUGCAGGAGGACUUGGAUAUGACCAUAGGCUUGAAAUGCAUUCCUAACAGAUCAGUACCACAGAUGUGUAUCUCUCCAAACUUAAGUAACAAACAGCUUCUUCUAAUCUCAAGACCUUUUGAACUCAUGCAGCUGACAGUAAAAUACAUUGAAAACGAACAUUGUUUUGAUUAGUUUGUAGAGAAUUUUUAUUUGAUUUUAUUAAAACGCUUACUUAGGCUCAUAAAUCAUUUUUCAAUCCCUUUGUGUAAGCAACUUGUAAGUGCCAUAAAUUUUGGUUGAUAACGAACUUAGUCGGCAAUUAAAUAAAUUCAAUUUGCACCUGCCUGGCCUACAUGCCUGGAUGAAAUUAAAUAAAUUAAACAUAUAUACGAGUACCUCCUACACUGGCAGGCAUUUUCCUGUCACACCGGAAAAAGACAAGUAUUUACUUUACAAGUAAGUUUGCAUUUUGAUUAAAAUCAACAAGAUUCUGGCUUGUACUUGCCGAGAAGCUGCACUUUCACCACCCAA